AUGAGCACGGAGGAUACGGUGUCGCUGAUAGAAGACGUGCUACCGCGAACUGACGAGACCCCAGAGGGCAUCCAGGCGCGCCGAGAUGAGAUCCUGUCCAACUACGACCAAUUCAAGGAGCUGGCCGCGCAGAAAAAGGAGAAACUCGGCGAAGCGAAGGAAUUGCAGCUCUUCAAAGUUAACGCCGAUGAACUGGAGGAAUGGCUGCUGGACGCGAUCGCCAGAAUGGAGAACUCGGACAGCACGUCACUGACAAACACUCAGGUGAAGCUCCGCCGCCAUAAGACGUGCGUAGCCGAGAUGGAAGUCACCGGCAAGCGGUUGACGAUGCUUCGCGAAAACGCCGUCGCCAUGAUUCGCUACGGGCACUUUGGCAAGGAGUUCAUUGAGAAGCGCCUCGAUGAGCUGAUGGCGAUGUGGGCAAAGCUCCAAGGACUAGCCAGCGAGCGUACGGUGCUGCUCGAAAAGGCGCUGACGAGCCUCGAAUUCACGCAACGAUGCGAUCGCCUUCUCGCUUGGCUCGAGGAGAAGGAUGCGCUGUUGAAGAACGACUUUGAGGCCCCGAAGGAGGGCGACGUGGCCGGAUUGCAGCCGCGCUUCGAGUCUCUUUUUAAGGAUAUUCAAUCGAAAGUCAACAACGUCAACGAGAUCGCGCUCGAGGCAUCAAGUCUGCUCGAAAAGGGCGUCAUGGAUGAGGUGGACGUGAUGGCCAAGCGGGAUCUGGUGACCGAAAAAUGGCACGAGGUGCUUGCCCGAGCCAACGAAUGCAACGACGCGCUCUUUGGAAAGGAAAAGACGGCCCGUGUCAUCGAAACGAUGACAGAGAUGCGGCUGAACAUUACCGACUACUACAAGAAGCUGAAAGCUGUGGGCCCGGCGGCGUCGAGCGAUGGACUUGAGCAGCAAAUUUGCGCUCUGGACUUGCUGAUGAACGAGAUCUCGGCGAUGCGUACACGGCUCGCCCCUCUCAAACCCGAAGCCGUUUCUGUCGGCAAGCAGAAGGAGGUCGAGAAGCUAUUCAAGGAAGUCCAAAAACUUGAGGAGGCUCUGGUGAAGAAACGCGAGGCCCUGGCCGCCGAAAAGAAGCGCAUCACGUUCUUUGGCGAUUACACUGACAUUGUGGCCAAGGCGGACGAUAUUUUGGCAGCUCUCAACGACACCGAGAUGCCGGCUGAUGUGGACAACGUCAAGGAGGCCCAGGAGCAGCUACAGGAUCUGGAGGGAGAAAUCGCCGCCCAAAUCGAUGUCAUCGCCAACACUAUCAGACAGGCCGAAGAGCUAAAGACAUCGAAAGAUGUCGAUGAAAAAGUGCAGGACCUAUCGAAGCUUCGUGACAAACUUUCCGGGGCCGCGGAGAAGCGCAAAGAAUUCCUGGGCCAAUCGUUGCAGCUGCGCGAAUGGCAAUGGGAGACCGAACAGCUACGGGCCUCCCUUUCGCGAAUGACGGACAUGAUCAAGCGGUUGACCCCCGUGGAGCCGGCGGCUGCCGAGACCGCCAAGAAACAGUUUGACGAUCUCCAUCGCAAGGUCUCCCCGCUUCGCGAUGUUUACAAUAUGCUGAUAGCACGCUCGAAAGAUCUUCAAGGAGUGGGCGAAGAUGCUGGCGACGUCAUGGCCAAGGAACUUGAGCAAGUCGAAUCGACGCUGGAGGCGCUCGAGCAGCUUUGCGCCUCGUUAAAAAAGGAGAUCCAGGAUGCCACCGAGCUGGCCGAAUUUGAGACAGAUUUACGCCCAAUUCGCCAUUGGAUCGACGAGAACGCCCGUAAACGCAGCGAGGUCAAGGUGUCGCUCCACAAGAAGAACAUACGCCUUGAAGAGCGUGGCCACGACAAUUUCCUCAACGAGCUCAAGGCGCACAAGGAGCAGCUGAACGCGAUGCGCCCCAAGGCCGAGCAGCUGUCGAAAAACGGGGCCGAGACGGCGAUCCGCGACUUCGAGGAGGUUGCCGACCGGUGGAACGAGCUAAACAGCGAGGCCAGCGCUCGGACCGAAUUCUUCGAGAAGGCUGCGGCGAUAAUUUUGCUGGAUCGAAAAGUGGAGGAGCUGGCUGGAUGGCUCGAUCGGCACGAAUCGACAAUUUCCGGCUUCUUCGACGGGACGUCUGGCCGAGAUUUGGAUAUUCCGACUAUCAAGGCCAAGCUGAAAUCACUGGCCGGACUGCAGAAAUCGUUCGAAGACCAGAGGAAAACGAUCGAAGAGCUGGAGAAUCAGCUUCUCGAGACUGGCGAUGAAAAGUCGAUGGCUCGCCUCGCAAAAUGCAAGGGCAACUUUGACGAGAUGGCCGGCCGCCUUGAAGCCGUUCAAUCGAAGCUCGACGCUUGUAAAAAGGAUCUCGACCUAUUGGCCAAGGUCCAAGAAGAGUUGAUUUGGACCCGGGAGAAGCUCAAAAUAUCGAUCACGAUGGACUCGGACGAGGUGAUGAAGCUGCGGAAUGCCUACAAACAAGUCAAGAUGCUCACCGCCGAAAUCAACGACCACGCGGCUGUCGUGGAGACGCUUGUCGACCAGGUGGAGGAGAUGCAGAAGAAAGCCACCUCAUUCCCACAACUAAACACUGCCACGUCGACGCUAGCCGAUCUUUUCGACGAGCUGGCCACCAACACGGAAAUUCGUCUCCAUCACUUGGGCAAUCUGAUUGCGAAACACGAAUACUGGGACGACGUCGACCAGGCGCAGAAUUGGAUUAAGGAAAUGACCGGGCUACUCUUUGACCGCCACGACUACAACGAUGAUGAGGGCGCCGAGCGGGCCUUCCGCCAACACGAGGCCUUUUGCUCUGAUCUCCUUGCCUAUAAUAAUACCAUCUUCGAGCUGCGCACGGCCGCUGAGAACCUGGCCGAGACGUGCCCGACAGCCACGCCGCGGGUGAUGUGCGUCGAAAAGUUUCUGGCGCGCAACGAGCGCGAGUUGUCAAUUCAGAAGGGCGACGACGCGCAACUGCUCGACGACUCGAAUGGCGAUUGGUGGAAAAUUCAUCUCCACGGCCUGAUCGGCUUCGUGCCCGGCAAAUUUGUGCGCAAAAUCGAGAUCCACGACGACAAGGCGAUUCUGCCCCUCCAGGAGCACAUUGAGAAGGAGUACCAGAAGAUAUUGCAGAAAGCGGAGACGAAGCGCAGGCAAAUCGAAUCCGUGCGCAAGGGCUACCAUCUGAAUCGCGACGUCAUCGAGCUGACGAAUUGGGUGACGGAGAAGUACAAUCAACUCCGCUCCCGCUCCGAAGCCACCGACCCCGACGACGACCCGAUGAUCGACCUGAACGAGCAAUGGCCAAUCAAAGAGGCUGAACUCCGCGCGCUCUACACCCGCGCCCACGAAUUCUCGGCAGAAGAAGUGUCCCGAUCGACGUUUUCCAAGAACCUCGAUCAGCUGUCCGAGCAGUGGAAACAACUGGUCGACGCUGUGGCGGGCCGCAAGCAAGGCCAAGCCGCUCGACUCGCCUUCGCCGCCUGGGUCCACGAAGCCGCCGAAUUUGAGGGACGCAUUGGCGAUAAGGAAUUCCUGCUAUCUGACGAGCCGGAAGGUGCCAACGACAAUCGCAUCAACAAGAUUGCCCGCGACUUCGAGACUGCCCAGGGCGACAUGAAUCAGCUGGAGCAGCUCGUCGAUCAAAUUGUUCGGAAGGGCGAAUCACUGCGACGAGAGUUCCCCGAAAUCUCGCAGACCACCUACGAGAAGCAGCGGGCAAUUUGUGAUCGCUGGAACACGCUGGUGACCAAGAUGGAACAGCGCAAAACCGAGCUCGCACGCAUCCUGCCGCUCCAGCACUUCCGCGCCGCCAACCAGGACGUGCUGAAGUGGAUCGACGCCGAGACGCCGAUCAUCAGCUCCACCGGGCUGGCCGAUGACGUCGAGGGCAUUCAAGCGCUGAUCGAUCAGCACGCCGAAUCGUGGAACGAGAUCAAGACGCACGAGGCCAUCUUUGCCAAAUCACUCCAAAAUUCGUCUAUUGCCGGCACGCCCGAAAUGAAGGACAUUGUGCACCAGACGGUGGAUGCCUUCAAACAAAUGCACGAGCGCUGGCAACAACGACAGGAUCUCCUAGAGGAAGCGUUGAAUUGCAAAAAGUUCUUGCGGGACUGUAAGCAGUUCGACGCCUGGCUGACGACGAACGAGUCGGCGGUUCGUCUGGAUGUUUCGGGCGAAAACUUUGCCGUGCUACUCACUCGUCAGGAUGAACUUCAGCAGGCCAUCGAGAAGAAGACCCCCGACUACGCUCGCCUCGAGGAGCGCGCCCAGCUCAUCAUCGCCCACGAGUUGCCGGAUAAGGAAGAAGCCGAGAAGCGGUUCGAGGCGAUCAGCAGCCGUUGGGAGCAGCUGAAGGCCGACCUGAUCGAUGCGCGCAAUCGAAUCGGCGACGAGCGCACCGUGCAGGACUUUACGCGCCAAGCUGACGCCGCUGAAUCCUGGAUGAGGGAGAAGGUCAUGAUCAUGGAAGAGUACGAAUACCUGUCGACCGAGGAGAAAACCCAACGAAUGCAACGCCACGACGCCCUCGGCGAGGAGCUGAAAAUGAUGCAAGAUCGCAUUACCAAAGUGAUCGCGGCCGGCCAGGAUGCCCUAAAUAGCUCUCGCCGCAGCAUGGAUCAAACCGAUUUUGUGACCGAAAGGGUGCAUAAUGUCGAGAAGCAGUGGCGACGCCUCGAGCAUCAAUAUGGAGAUUUGUCGAAAAAGAUGGAGAAAGAAAAUCGCCGGCAAGCCUUUGAGAAGCUCGCUUCUGAGGUGGAAGCGUGGCUGGGCAAGGUCGAGAAUGCGGCCGCAUCCCGGGAUUUCGGAAAUGACAUUGGCGAGCUGGAGCGGCUGCAACGGGAGAACGAGCUGCUGAACGCCGAGCUGAACGUGUACGCCGACAAGGUCAUUGACCUCUCCGAGUUGCUCGAGGAAAUGCCGAAAGAGUGCCCAGACGAGUCAAUCGACCUCGAUCAAGUCGUCGCCGACGCGAGCCGAGCCCGCGCUUCCGCCAUCGUUGAGAAUUUUGACAAAGUGCGCAAGCAGGCGGAGAAUAGGGCCGAGCUGCUGGAGAAGGCCCUGGACGCGCACCUGAUCGCGAAGAAAAUCGACGACUUGGUCAGCUGGGUCUCCGAGACGCGCAUCUUGGCCCAGAGCGCCGACUAUGGACGUGAUUCGCGGGAUUUCCAGAAUCUGGUCCGUAAGCAUCGACGCCUGAUGGACGAGAUGGUCAGCCACCAACAGCAGCUGAAGCACAUCUGGGAACAGUGCGAGGGCGUCAAACCGGAGAUCCGAACGGCCGUCCGGCUCGACGCCAAGAUGGAGGACCUGGAUGCGGCGAUGCAGACAUUCGAGGUGGCCCUGCAGCAACGCGAGUUGGCCCUCGUCGACUAUGAGAAUUACUACAAACUUGCCACGCAAAUCGAUGAAGGUGUCUAUUGGCUGGUGGAGUGUGCCGAGCUGCUCGCCCACAACGUUGAAGCCCGCUCGUCGGCGGCUGUCGAGAGCGCCCUCAAGAAGCAUAUCGAAUUUGAGGCCGAGAUUGAAGCCCACAGCGAGCACUACAAGCAGCUGAUCGAAGCCGUCGACACAUCCUCCGACGGCGUCUGCCUGCCACAACUGCGCGAAAAGAUUAGCCGGCUUCAGCAAUGUUAUGAUAAAGUCAACGAUCUCUGCCUGAGACGUCGCGCCGAGCUGGAAGAGGCCGAGCAUCUGGUGCAUUUCCAAUGGCGCUGUGAUGUGAUCGAGGGAUGGAUUGCCGAACAAUCGAAACUCGUGCACCCCGACGAGCAGGUGGACAGCCUCGAGUCGGCGAAGCGCCUUGGUCUUCGCCAUUCGCUCUUCGUCGCCAAGCUCAAGUCGUUCGAGAAGGACCAGAUUCAAAAAUUCGAGAAAAUGCUGCCUCAAGGCGAUAACAGCGAGGGGCCCCGCCGGCACUGGGAGAUGAUCAUGAAAAAGUGGAAGGCGCUGAAGCACGAGGCCGACAUGGUAUCGAUGCAUAUGGACGAGAUGGAGGGAAUAUUUAGCCACCUCGAAGACCUGUGGCUGGAAUUUGCGCGCCGAGCCUCGGCGUUCAACUCGUGGUUCGAGAGCGUGGAAGAGGACCUGACCGAGCCGUUGCCCUUCUGCAACUCGAUGGACGCGCUGAACGUGCUCAAGGUGAAGCAUGGCGACCUGAUCGAGUCGUUGGAAGUCUACGAGAAGGAGUACCAAGCCCUCGUCCAACUUGAUGCCGACGCGAGGAAAACAAUGUCGGCCGUCAACCCGUUCACCUGGUUCGACGUGCAGUCGAUUGAGCUGUGCUGGAAUCAAGUGCUCAGCUUUAUUGCGACACGCACCAGCGAGCUCGACGCCGAGCACGAGCGCCAGGUCACCAACGACAAGCAGCGCAUGGAGUUCGCCAAGGCGGCCAAUGAAGUCGCUGACUGGAUGGCCGGCAUUAGGGAGAAGGCUUUUAAGCUGGAGGGGACGCUGGAGGAGCAGAUGGACAAGCUGCGACAGAUCGUCAUCGAUAUCGUCGAGUCGCGUCCCGUGCUGGCCCGCGUCGAUUCGAUGGGUGCCGCGCUGGAGAGGAAGAUGCUGAUCACCAAUCCUUACACCAAUCACUCGCGGAUGGGGCUGGCGCACGCGUGGGAGAACCUCGAGCAGCUCGUUUCCCGGUUACGGCAGAGUGUCGAUGAGCAGAUUCGGGCCAAGAAAGAAGGCAGCAUCAGCGAGGAGACGCUCAAGGAAUAUGCGAACGUCUUCUUGAUGUUUGACAAGGAUAUGACCGGCUACGUGUCGGGAGACGACGCCCUGAAAUGCUUGAGUGUCCUCGGAAUGGACGUGGGCGAGGUGGACGGCAACAGAUUGACGCAAGGGCAACGCCAACUCGUCCAGCAGCUCGAUCCCUACAAUGAGGGCCGGGUCUCGUUCCAAAAUUUCCUCAACUGGACGAUCGCCCAGGAGACGCCGAAUGUGCACAAGGGCGAUGACGUGCUGGCUGCUUUCCGCGCGCUGACACGAGACGGCCGAGCCUACGUGACCCGCGAUGAGAUACUGUCGGUGCUAUCCCCAGAAGAAGCCGACUACUGUCUGAAGCUGAUGCCCAAAUAUGUCGAUCCCAAAACUGGCCAAACGAUGUCGCAAGCGUACGACUACCGCCGUUUCGUCGAGACGAUCAUCUCC